UAGUACCGUUUUUGAAGUUGGCAUAAACUAAAAGCGGUUACGUUAUUUUGACAAAAAGGUAUUUAGUGUGUCGCGCUAUAUGGAAGUGGCUGAAAAUCGGGACUUUUUAAAGAUUUUGAGCAGCAUGUCGGGAAACCGGGACGUCUGGUCACCCUUGCAAACAGGCAUGAUUCAAAGAGAGAAAACCUAGCAAACCAUUACCGUAAAGGUCAGAGCAAAUUGAAUGUAGUUGUUUUUACCUGCAGGCAGGAAUGCAGUACACUGUAUUAUAUUUUGCAGAAUUGAUCUGUGUUUAUUUUAUGGAGGGGGUGGUGGGUAAUUUAUCGAGAUAAUAUAGUAGUUGUAAUUUAGUAUUUAUUUUUAUUUUUUUUGCUUGUUUUGGAAUAACUUUUCGCCUCCCCUUUACGAAUUAAUUGCACAAUUAACACAUUUCUCAGUUUUAAUUAAGGAACCAAAACACAUUAGACUGUGCUCAGAGUCAUUUUAAAAGGAAAGUAGUUAAACACGACAAAAACGUAUAAAACCAGACACCCUCAAUACAUAGUUUUUCAAUGCUAACUAGCAGUUUGAAGUAGCCAUUGAAGCCUAUUAGUUUGUCAGAUGAAAACAGAUUUUGAAGCGUUUUGAUAGUUAAGACUAAAUCAAAGUAUCUAUUUUGAGGUAUAAAACUAACUUACCUUCAUAAAGGUAGAUGUAUGGCGUUCUAAGUAUGUUCUGUCACUGUCUGGAGGAAAUAUCUUAGUAUGUAGCCCUUCGAAGAAGAGCCACUUCUGUACAUCACCAGUGGGCGUGAUCUUGUAGCAGAUGUAUAUCUAUACAUUGGCCUGAAAGUGUGAACAGUUGAAACAAGAGCUGAAUGCUUCAGCACCUCACCCACGAACAUGAAAUCCAGUGGCGGAGUACGAGGAGAUUUCUUCAAAUUCCUGGCACUUAUCGUAGGCUGUGGAUUGGCUUGGUACCUGGGGCAAAUAUGUGCCGUUCUAUUGCCCCCGGAAACCUUUUCAGUUGCUGUGAGCCAGAUUCUAGAGAAGCCUUCCAUUAACGCCCCUCUUCCUAAAAGGCAGAAGUGUGAUCACUCGUCUCCGUGCCCAAUCGGAAGCUUUGCGUUCAGGGUGCUAAGUGGAGGGGGCAAAAACAGUGUACCCACAAUCUGCUUCGAAGAAGUCAUCAUGAAAGAAGGGAAGGGGAACACAAGAGAAGGGAUAAACAUUGCAGCUGUUGAUGCUGCUACAGGAAAGGUUCACGGCUCAGAUAGCUUCAACAUGUGGGAAGGAGAUAAUGCAAGACCGCUGAUUCAGUUUAUCAACGGGAUUCCAAACAAUUCAAUUGUUCUAAUGGCCACUUAUGAUGAUGGAAGCACUAAGCUUUCACAAGAAGCUAGAAAGGAAAUUGAAAAACUCGGGAGUAAGGAGAUUCAACAAAUUGGUUUCCGGUCAAGUUGGGUCUUUGUGGGAGCUAAAGGAUUCACCCUGCCUAAGGGACUGAAGAAGGAAAAGAUGAAUCACUCAAAUAAAGAGAAAAACAGAUACAACGGCUGGCCUGCAGAAGUACAAAUAGAAGGCUGUAUCCCACGAAGGCAAUGAUUGAAGGCAUCGCUCCACUUUUUUAAUGGGAUCAUUUUGUUUGCUUUCAUAAAAAUGAUGUUAAGUAAUAAAUAUAUGUGUUAUAUUUUGUUGUAAUUAAUUAUGAAAUGUUAUUUAAAGAUAUACAGCUAUGGCCAAAAGUUUUGCAUCUCCCUAAGAAUAAACUAACUGUGCUUCAUGAA